GUAACAGAAACCGGAAGAUCCCCCCGUCGGCCCCAUCCGGUCGUCUGCCAUGGCGACGGGGACGCUCUUGUGCGCGUCGCUCUUGUUCCUGCUGCUGCAAGGGGAGAUUUGUCGCUGCCAGCGCUUGACGAUUCCCCUGCGGCGGCCCUCCGACUGCGGUGUCCAGCACUUCUUUGAUAUCUCCAGUUUUACCUGCGUGAAGUGCGGACCAAACCAAACACGCAGUAAAUCCGGCACGUCUUGUGUGUGUCAGACAGGAUUCCGGGUGCUUUCCAGUAACGGCCCCUCAAUCACAUGUCAGCAGUGUCCAGUCAGCAAACCGGGCGUUACAAGAGAUGGUUACGGAUGUCUGCGGUGUCCUGGAGGCCUAAGUGAUGAUGGGACGUGUCAGUGCCCAGCAGGGAGCAUACUGGUGGAAAGGGACCUAAAUGGGAACCUCCUGGACGAAGGCAGGUGUGAGGCUUGUAACGAGGUGGACCCUGCUUUCUCAAUACCCGACUCAACCGGGAGCAGGUGUACGAGAUGUCAGGAGUCCUUCAUCAACACAUCUCUUUCAUGCACCUGCGGUCCAGCAAACAUGCUUGUGGGAGGGUUAUGUUUCCCUCCAAAUAAUCUGCCAGCAUCCGUCACGUCCAAUGUCGUCUUCGAUCAGUUGGCACUUCCUGUGCAGUCAGCGUGGUUCUCCGUGAACCUGCACUCCUCAGCUCUGUCCUGCUUGAUCUUCUCCAACCUCACAGCCUGCCAAGCUUUGGGGAACAUGUGUGUGAUGAACAUGUACUCGCAGAGUGUGGCCAGUGACGCCUGCGGACUGUAUAACACCAUCUUCAGAGCGACGGCUCCCCUGGGAUCAGCCCAUGCCAUCUCUUACUGGAGGUCUAAUCUUCCUUGGCUGUACUAUGGAGACCAGCCUGGCCUGGCAUCCAGGACCCUCAGGACAGAAGCUCUGCCUACAGGAUUCAGCUUCAAAGGGGGCAACAAGAACACGGACAUCAGCUUCACUGCCGCCGUCUAUAAUGCGAAAGGAGACUUCCUACGAUGGGAAAGCGUUGGAAAAGGAAACCUGCAGCUGUGUCCCGAUACGGACAUUCGACUCGAUGCCGCUUACACAUUUGGGACGGCGUAUAAGCAAAGUUGUAUCCUGUCACUGUCCAGCAUCAUAACGGAUUUCCCGGAGCCUUUGUUUUAUGACAUUUUUAUGGACAUGAGCCAGAGCAGCAGCAACAACGGGGAACGAACCCUCAUGCCUGUACCUGUCCAGAACCUCAACCUGAAGCUCAACGGGCAGUUUGUUAAUCAAGCAAGCAAUAUGAACAACUGGUACCUGACACGGCGGGUCUUUCUGGUGGACGCUCUGAGUGGACGCGAGGGCAUGCUGUCUGCCAUGCCAAAGGUCGUACGAGUGGCAACAACCAUAAAGAUAAGUUUCCAGCUCGUACCCAACACUAUGAAAGGAGAAGUUUACCCACCUUUGAUAUCGAUCUCAUACUCCGAUAUCCUGGUCUCUAAUAUAAAGACGCAGACGAUUCCUGUGUCGUUCUCAGUGGAGUACAAGAUGGACCAGAGCGAAGCUCAAGUCAAGACUGAUAUCGCUCUCGGUGUCCUGGGUGGAGUUUCUGUGCUGUAUGCCCUCCUCAAGACAGCCAGCUGGAAGAGGAGAAUCGCCUCGCCCUUGAUCGAUCUCACUACAAUUAUGAAAUUCCUGCUCUUCUACGCUGGAGACCUGGCCAAUGUUUUCUUUGUCAUCACAGUGGGGACUGGUCUCUAUUGGCUCAUUUUCUAUAAGGCUCAGCAGUUUGUGUCCGUCCUCCUGCCGCUGCCUGACCAGGAGGAGAAGUUCAUCACCUAUGUGGCGUGUGCUUUUGCACUGAAGACAGUCCAGUUUUUACACAAACUGAUCAAUCAGUUGUCUGUGGAUAUAUUCUUUAUCGACUGGGAACGGCCCAGAGGAAAAGCGAUCAAGACCAUAGAUGGUGCAGGGGAAGCGAGGAACAUCCCUUCCCCAGUCAGUAUAUGGAGGACGUACUUUGUUGCCAACGAGUGGAACGAGAUCCAGACCAUCCGCAAGAUCAACCCCACCUUUCAGGUGGUGGCUGCCCUCUUCUUCUUAGAGGUCGUGGGCUUCUCCAAUCUGGCUUCGAGGGACCCUUCCUCGGCUCUACACCGGGACCCCGAAGACUACAAGUCCCCCUGGAGCCUCAUCCUGAGGUAUGGCGUAACCACGGCCAUGUGGCUCGUCAUCGGGCUCCUGCAGGUGCUGUUCUUUACGGUUUUUCAUGAGAGAUUUGUGGAGGACAAAAUCCGCCAGUUUGUGGACCUCUGCUCCAUCAGUAACAUCUCCGUUUUACUGCUAUCCCAUCGCUGUUUCGGCUACUACAUCCACGGGCGCUCCGUCCAUGGCCACGCAGACACCAACAUGGAGGAGAUGAACUCCAACUUGAAAAGGGAAGCGGAAAACUUGUGUGGCCAGAGGGGACUGCUCCCCAACACAGACAUCCAGACCUUCCAGAUCUCCAUCACCAAUAAGCUGCGGCAGCAAUACGAUAGGAUUCUGGAGCCUCUGACCCGGAGAAACGCCCCCUCACGGCUGAUUGACGCCUCGGCCAACCCGUUUGAGCAGAACACCAAAGCGUACCACACCAUGAACAAGUUCCUGAGCGCCUUCAUAGACCACGCACAUCGUGACCUGGACUACAUUGUAAAAGACAAACUGGCUUUUGAAAGACUUGUUGGAAUGGAGUUCAUGGAAGCCAUAGAUAGAAGCAUUUUUUAUAAUGAUGAAUCCCAUUCAUUCAGCGACGUUCUUUACUAUGGCAACGAAGCCACUCUGCUCAUUUUCGACACGCUUUUCUUCUGCAUCGUGGACCUGUGUAGUCAGAAUUUUGUAUUGGCUGCGGUGCUCACCUACCUGCAGCAGCAGGUCUUUCAGCUGAUCCGCAACAUCUUUGGUCGAAGGAACCUGGCAUCUAAAACACUAGUAGACAAGCGAUUCCUUAUAUAAUGUUUGCAUUGACUGGUCUUAAAAGUUAAUCAUGAUAGGAAUGCCUUAGUGUCCAUGAAAUUAUGCUGCCACUAAUGAGAGUUUGGUGCAUUAUUACCUUUUAAAUAUUUUUAUAUGUUUUAUACAGUCCAGCCUAUUCUCUUGAGUUCUGAUUGUGUUUUUGUACAUUGUUUUUGAAUAUGUGUUGUAUGCUGAUUAAUGUAGGAUGGUUGUGAAGCUGUUUUACUGCUUUUUAAAAAAUAUUUUCACUGUAGUAAACUUUUAAAAAAAA